AUGGCGGCAUCGUCGAAGCGUGGCCUUUGCUGGCCUGUAGACAACCACGGCAAAGAUGAAGUCUUCCAGUUCACCAAGCCUGGCUCCAAGGUUUCAUGGCUGUACAAUUGGUCGCCAAACCCCACGCCGAAUGCUACUUCCCUGGAUUUCGCUCCAAUGCAAUGGAAUCACGUUGGCAUAGACGAUCUAGCUUCGAAAGUGAAAGGCGCGAACGCAUCAGUUGUCCUUGGCUUCAAUGAACCAGAAUUGCCUGAUCAGAGUAACGUGAACGUGGAGCUGGCUGCGAGCGAAUGGCUUCGUUGUAUCGAACCUCUGCGUAAAGCAGGCAUCAAAUGUGGAUCCCCCGGUAUCUCUUCUGCACCUCAGGGAGUGGUGUGGCUCAAGGACUUCAUCGCUAGCAUACGAGCCGGAGGGUCAGACGUGGACUUUUAUUGCUUUCACUGGUAUGGCGUGGAGUUGGGACAGUUCUACGAUUAUUUGUGGAGCACGUACUAUCAGAUGCCCGACCAAGGCAAGAAGGUCUGGGUGACGGAGUUCGCACCUACGAACUGGAACACUAAUGCUCCGCUGCCGAAGGACCAUGUUCAGGCCUUCGCACAAGACAGCAUCAAGUACCUCGACAAUCUGGAAUGGGUAGAACGCUAUGCGUGGUUCGGCCCCAUGAGAGACGCAGGUACUGUUGGCAAAUGGGCGAGGAUGCUGGAUGACGAUGGCUCCUUGACGGAGCUGGGCAAAGCAUAUCGCGAUUCUUGA